UGCAAGAGAGCUAAAGAGAAAACCCUAAAGAGUAGAUUGUGAUUCUUUGUGAGAGUUUAUUGUGCUCAUCCUUUGAGAGAGAGAAAACCCGUAUUCCUUGAGUGAAUCUAUUGCCUUUUUCCUCUCUUCCCUACUCACCAUUUCCAUAUCUUGAGAGGUAAUUUUCCAAAUACUCCAUGUUACCUUUGAGUGAUAUUCCUUGAGUGAUUGUUAAAAAUUAUUGGAGAAGCUACAGCACACAACGGAUGUUAUUUUUGCAAGAUGACCAGCAACCACCACCCAGCUACUGUGGAGCCCAAUCUUAUAGGGUCCACUAUCUAUCUUCUCCGGCAACGGUUUCAGCCCCCAACACCCCAAGGCAGAACAACCCCACUUGAAUGGCUGCCUUAGUCCCACCGUUAAGCGAAUCCUACCACAGGUCCAUCUCCGGCAGUGGGUGUGGCUGCCUUCUCGAUUGUCAUAGUUGGCCACUUGGCCUCACCAGUAUGACUGCUACAAAUGCUGGAGAGAUUGAGGUUGUGCACAUUGGACCCACUGGUGAUUCGGUGUUGACUCUGCAAUCCCAACAUUGGUCAGAUGCUAUUUGGAAUGGGCAGGAUCCGGGGUCCCUUACCUGCCGCAACCAUAGUGAAGAGUUUACCAAUCUAGAGCCAAUGGUGGAUGACUGUGCUGUUGAAAUAAUUAAGGGACUUGGUUUGGAAGGACUCCUCAAGACUCCGGGUAGAGAGAUUGUCCAUGGGCUGAUAACAGUCUUAGUGGAGCGAUGACGGCCCGAGACUCACACCUUCCACAUGCCACAUGGUGAGGUCACCAUCACAUUACAGGAUGUGGAGGUUCUUCUCGAGCUUCCUGUUGAUGGCGAGGCUAUAACAAGGAGCACGCAGAAAGAAUGGCCGAGUGUGUGCCAGGACUUCCUUGGCUUUUUAGUUCAAAAUGAUAAUACAAAGGUGCUGCAAGGCUAAAGGAUUGUUAUCAAACGGCUUUUGGAGCAAGUUGCAGUUCCAUUGCUGCCUAAUGCUGAAGAGGAUCGGUUGCAUAAGUAUGCACAGUCCUACAUCCUAGUGCUACUGGGGGACACAAUCCUCAUGGACAAAUUUGGCGAUAGGGUGCAUCUAAUAUGGGUGCAGCAGUUGGAAGACCUUCGCAACCCACGAAGGUACAGUUGGGGAAGUGCUUGCCUUGCAUGGUUGUACAGAGAGAUAUGCAGGGCAAGCGAUAAGACAACCAGUCAGAUUGGUGGGUGCUUGCUGUUGGUCCAGUAUUAGGCAUGGGCCAAGUUCCUAUUUUUGUGCCCGAGAGUUGAGCAUGGCCCGCCAGUAGGUGCUUAUGGUCCUCCAAUGCGUGGUCCAUUGUCCCUGAAGUAGUUGUGGGUCCUAAACAAGAAAAAUAGGCCCUCCCACAUCUUCAGUGACAAGUAUCGCGAGCAAAUAGCUUCAAUGUUACUGGGCUAGAUAUGAAAAUACCUUUUUUUACAUGUUUAGAAACAAGAUAUAGGUUUGGUUAACUUUGAAAUAUACACAUUGUUAGAAUGAUUUGAAGUUUUGUAAUGGAGGUGAGUUUUGUAUGAGAGUGAGAGAGGGAGAGAGUACAAGAGUGAAUCUGCUAGGACCUGAAUGUACCCAAGAGACCCACAACAGAGAUUUAUGAGGACUAAGGACAAGAGUGAAGCUGCCCUAAAGCAUGUGGAUUAAUAUCCAGCACAGCUUACAAAUCGAAUCUCUAAGACUUGAUUUCCCUUUUUGAAAACCAAGUUUCUAAGGCUUAAUAUCCAAGUGGAUUCCAUGUGGAUAAACCACGUAAUUCUCAUAACACAAAAAUCGAGGCUCUAAGUGUCGAGAUAGAACUCAAGUUCUAGGUGGAUGCCACGUGGAAAAAAGCCAAAUCAAACCACGUAAAUCGAGCCUUAGAGACUUGAGUUUGGAGGAGUAAAUCGAGUUUCUAAAACUCGAGAUGUUAGUUUGAUAUAUAC